AUGGAUCCGCCCCCGCGCGCGCAGGUGUCGAUGAGCGGGUUGGAUGGAGAGAUGCGUCAGCUCAAGGACCAUCAACAGACGAGAGAGGAACUGCUGAAUCGCGUGCACUCGCUCAAGGCAGAGCUUCACGAUUGGCGCUACAAGAUGGACGCAAAGGUGAAGAACUAUAAAGGCGAACUCUCAGAGCUCAAGGAUACGCUGCACAACGAGACUGAAGCUUUGAGACGGGAGUUGGAGGAAACGAGCGCGCGAUUGAAACGACAAAUCUCGAGGACGCGAGACAACCAGGAGCAUCGAUACAGCGCCGCGAGCUCGCCCUCUGCGCGGCUUAAUCGCGCGCACGAAGAUUAG